ACAAGAGAAAUUUCUUACAAAAGCCGUGUUCACACCAGAUUUGCCAACUAAGCUUGCAGCAGAUUUACAGCAAAAUACUUGCGUUUACAAAUUGUAAUUUAUUCAAUUUAUAAAAAUUUAUUCGAUUAACUGAUGAAAUCUGUAUUUUAGCCUGUUUCCAGUUUAAUCAUUCAUGAGAUCGGUCAAUGUCCAGGGAAAAAUGAGUUGGAUAUAUUAAUGGUGAACACAACCGCUAACCAGAAUUCUCCAUUCUUGACCACCAUUACAGGAAAGAUAAUCUUGAGGGAAAUUGUUGAUUAUCCUUUUUCUUUGAGAGCAACACUUAUGAAGUGUGAAACGCGUGUUGAAGCCACAUGUGAACACUACACAACCACCAAGUUUGCUGAUAUCUGCCGUUUUAUGCCUCAAUGGAUGAAACUAUCCAACAGCUCUGACUUUCCUACAAGUUGCCCCUUCUCUGUGGGUGAAUACAGAUUAAACGGUAUGCAGAUUGGCAAUAUGUGGCGUGUAUUUCCAUUAACCGAGUCUUAUUGGAAGGUGACCGCUAGGAUGUACAAGCAUGACAAAUUAAUUGGCUGCGUAAUCAACAAAUUCGAGAUAAGGAAAGAGAGAAGAAAAACGAGAUUAUGAUAAAUCAUAUCAUUUGCAAUUGACACGGUAUCUUUGGAAAUGUAUAGCUGAUUAUACUAGAUUGAAAGGCUAAUAAAAAUAUUCAUUUGAA